AACAGAUUAAAAAACGUUUAUUGUGUGCCACAUUCCGCUGUGUGUUACUCACUAGAGCGGAAGAUGAGGCUCUAGAAGUUGAUGUUACCGGACGGCGGAAUGCAAUAAUUAGUCCGAGGAGACACCGACAAAGGUUCAGGAGACCCUCAUGUUAGACGCAAUAGCAUCGCAGGCCAUCGAGACCAUCCGGCUUUACGGACUGGCUGAUAGUCGACAUUCACACCGCCAGGCACCUCAAGGAGUCGUUGGAGCUGGACUCAUCAAUCCAUGGAUUCAAUCCGGUUCGGUCAGGCGUGGCGACAUGAUCGAGAUCCAGAUGGACAGCGCCGGCAGCUAUGCGUUCUCGCUGAUGUGUGUGGGCAACGCUACGAAUGUUGUCAACACUGAUCAGCGCCGUGUUCUGCUGAACCUUUCUGGUAGUAAUGUGGAGUGUGAGGCGCUGGAUUCGAGAGGUAUUGAUGUGGUGGUGCUGGUCUGUCGUUCGCUGUCGAUGGAAGCGAAGCCCCGAGUGUUGCGAAGACGGCGCAUGUCAGCCCUGGUAAAACGGCUAGGUCAUUAUCGACAUGCAGUGUUGCUGAAUCGGGAAUGUGAAGGGCUGUGCAUUUGCUGCAAAUGCUCUUUUUUGCAUGUCAUACCAUUCCACCUCAAAUGUAAUUGCCUUUUGCUUCGAGUUCAGGCUUGUGUCGUUGCUUAGGUAACUGUGGUCGAGUUGCCAAAUCGGCCCGAGAAGCUGUUGACGGCUGAUGAAGCACUCCGCGUUCUCGAUGGUAGGGUUGUGACCCCGCCGCAAUCGACAGUUUG